GACAAUCUACCAAUUAGAUGUAAUUACCAAAGAGAUAGUAACAUUGAAGAGUUUAUUCAUCAAGAUAUUCCGAGCUUUUAGAUCAAUCAUCUCAAUUUCGAUAAUUCAAUUUAAUAAGAAUCAGAAUACUUGUAACAAAUAACCAAGGUUCAAUUCUGCUGAUACUGUAUUAACAACAGUCUCGGAGUAAUUGCAAUGUGAAAAUUAUCAUGAUGAUCUUAUCUCGAUCUUUAACCUCCAUCUUAUGUGCUACAAAUCACGGUGACGGAGGUCAGAGUAAAAUUUAUCGAAACCAAGAUGUGAGUGGAAAAUACAAUUUUGGUUAUGAUAUCAAUGAUCCUUGGGGAUCAUCCAACUACCGACAAGAAUCUGGUGAUGGUUGGGGUAAUGUCCACGGUUCAUAUGGACUUAAACUUGCCGAUGGUCGUCACCGAACUGUUAACUAUAUUGCCGAUAAAAGUGGAUUCCGAGUUAAAUUGGACUCAAACGAACCAUCUGUUGACUCAAUCGACUCUGCUGAUGCCAUUUACAAUGGUGCUGAUCCUUCUGGUCACAGUUACACUAAUAUUAUCUCAGGAAACAAGGGAAACCAUUACAAUCACCAUGAUGGUUACAAUCAUGAUGGUCGUCAUCAUGUUGGCUCAUGGAACAAUGGAAACCAAUACCCAAACCAAUACCCAAACCAAUACAACAAUUACAACCAACACCGAAACCAAUAUCAAAACCAAUACCAACAUGGUCCAUACCACGGACAGAAUCACGAUUUAUGGAAUGAUAAAGAUUCAUGGAAACAAGGAAACAAACACGACAAUUGGGCCAAAAAUUAAGACCUUUUUGUAAAUAAUCUCAUCUUCUCCUCUUAAACCCUAACCAGUUCCAAUCUCUUGUAUAUUUUGAUCGCUCACUUAUUAUUUAAAUCUUAAUUUAUUAAUUUAAUUCUCGUAGCAAUAAAAAACAUCCAUUUUUACA